AUGUCCAGACCAAACAUGAUACGGCCAAUACGGCACGCCCUUUUGAGGCAGCUCGCGCAACAGCCCCGGAAUGCUCUGGCCGGAUUUCUGAGCACGCGCUCCCAAUCAACGACAGUAGCCGAUAAUGUCAAACCUGGACCACCGCAGCUAGUAAACGAACUCCCCGAUCCCCGUGAAGAGAACGAGACCCGACUUCCGCGUGCCGUCCAAGCCCUCUACCUCCAGCCGCUCCGGCGCGAAGCCGAGUACGGCGUGCCGUCGUGCGAUCUACAACUGCGGUCAUUCAGCAUUCCGAAUCUCGAGUUCUUCUGCGAUUUUGCGAUACGGGCGGCCUACUACCUCGGCCUGCCCGCAUUCGGACCCGUGCCCUUGCCGAAGAUAACGGAGAGAUGGACGGUCCCGAGAUCUCAUUUCAUCUUCAAGAAGUCGCAGGAGAACUUUGAACGAAUCACACGGAGGAGGUUGAUCCAGAUCAGGGACGGACACCCCGAGACGGUUCAGAUCUGGCUUGCGUUCUUGCAGAAGCACGCUCACUAUGGCAUCGGUAUGAAGGCAAACAUAUGGGAGUACGGCAAGCUCGAGAUUGGCAAGCAGAUGGAUGGGGAGUUGAAGUCGAUGCAAGAAGUCAUCGAGCAGAAGAUGGAGCACCUCGGAAGAGACAAGACCUUGGGCACAGUGGAGAAGGUGAAGGAGCUGCUGGCGAGCGAGAGAUUCAGACACACCAGAUAG